GGCGCCUGGUAACACAACGAUGUGUCGUUUCGGAGACGGCCCUUGAGUAGAUACACAGAAAAAGUCGGAUCGGAUCACGAAAACAACCACUGCCUCUGUUGUGAUGGUUAAUCGGUCUUGAGUCGUUAUCGCCGGACACUGCGGAUCACUGUAAACCUUACAUGUGACUGCUAAAACAAUGAGGCUGAGAAUGCGUAAGGCGUCUCAGCAGCCGAACCCCAGUCUGGCAAGCCGCCCAUCCCGUACCAAGCGGAGGCAUUCAGAAGUAGAAGAGGAUACUCCUACCAGCGGAGGGAGGGGCAUAUUCUCGACCAUUAAGAAGUUCAUCAGAGGAAAUGCUGUUAAGGUGCAGGAAGAGAGUCCAGCCAAGAAGACACGACUCCACUGUGAUGUGGACAACAACCUGAUCACCUCUACACCAAACACCAACACCCCCCGCAGGACUAUCACCAGGGUUGGCAGGAGAGGCUCCAUCAAUGGACAGGCAACCAAUCAUGACAGGAGUAAGGAGAAGCCCAAUGGCAGUCUGGAGGAGACAACGGCUGUUGAAGUGCCCAGCAGCCCUCCCAGAACCACCCUUCUUGGGACCAUCUUCUCCCCUGUUUUUAACUUCUUCUCACCAGCUAAAAAUGCCUCCUCUGGCUCAGACUCCCCAGACCAGGCAAUGGAAGCUGAGGAGAUCGUCAAACAGCUGGACAUAGAACAAGCUGUGGAGACACCAACCAGCACAGCCACAUCCACACAGGAACUGUGUGCCACCACUAACUUCUACUCUAGUGUAUCACAGCUGCCACCUCUACGACCUCCCCACAUCCCUGAGGUAUCUCCCACAGCAGGGGAGGGAGAGCUCUGUGCAGAUGCUGACCUUCCACCCCUCACAGCUCCAGGCUCCAGUCCAGAUAUGGCAUAUGUGGACUCUCCUCCUGCCGCAGUGCCACCAGAGUCAACCUAUGAGGAAGACUGGGAAGUCUUUGACCCGUAUUUCUUCAUCAAGCACGUCCCCCCACUGACAGAAGAGCAGCUCACUCGUAAGCCAGCCUUGCCACUGAAGACACGCAGCACGCCUGAAUUCUCUCUGGUCCUAGACCUGGAUGAAACGUUGGUUCACUGCAGUUUAAAUGAGCUGGAGGAUGCAGCACUUACCUUCCCUGUCCUCUUUCAAGAUGUCAUUUACCAGGUGUAUGUGCGCCUGAGGCCGUUCUUUAGAGAGUUUCUGGAACGCAUGUCUCAAAUCUAUGAGAUCAUCCUUUUUACAGCCUCUAAAAAGGUGUAUGCAGACAAACUGCUCAACAUCUUGGAUCCUAAAAAGCAGCUAGUGAGACACAGGUUGUUUCGAGAGCAUUGUGUUUGUGUCCAGGGAAACUACAUCAAGGACCUCAACAUCUUGGGCAGAGAUCUGUCAAAGACCAUCAUCAUCGAUAACUCACCGCAAGCCUUUGCAUAUCAGUUGUCCAAUGGGAUUCCCAUAGAGAGCUGGUUCAUGGACAAGAAUGACAACGAGCUGCUGAAGCUGGUGCCCUUCCUGGAGAAGUUGGUCGAGAUGAACGAGGAUGUGCGGCCGCACGUUCGGGAAAGGUUUCGGCUUCACGACUUGUUGCCCCCUGAUUGAACUUGACCACAGUCUCGGAACGGGACAAUAGGAAAAGACUGAAAACAACAUGCGUGUAAAAAGCCCCUCUUUGGAUUACAAACUACAACAUUGCCAUUACUGUUUAAAUUUUAGCUUUUUUUUGUUUUAAAAUCCACCAUUGCUUUUUAAAAAGAACUUUAAAGGAAAAACAUUUUUAAAGAUCUGGGCGAAAUUUUCUAAAUAUCUAAAUCUACAGAUGAAAUUACACACGCUAUGAACAAGCCCAGGUGAACUCCUCUUUUUGACUGACUCUCCAGCUGUGGAGCCGGACUUCUCCUCCACACUAAAUUCUGAAGUCUUGGUGCUGGUUUAGUGGAUAGAAAAAUGCCACCUGGUAAAGAGGAACUCCAUCCCGACCGAGUCCCCGAACAUGAACCAAUCCCUGGUGCUCACGCUGUUGACGCUGACAAAAUAACCACACUCUGUGGCUACACACCAUUUUCAGCAGGAAUGACUGGCCUGUAAAUCAAUCUGUGCAUGUGUGUAUGUUUACUCCUAGCCACACACACACACACUCACUGAUUUGGUGUUUGGCAAACCUACAAUCUGUAGCCUUUAAAAUCAUAUGCAUUCCUCCGUAGCUGAGUCAAGUUUCUAUUGUUGGUUGCAGUUUUUUUUUUUCUGGUAAAACUGGUGUUUCAUUGUUUAAAAAAAAAAAAAAAAGAUAGCGUUUUAAAAUGUUUUAUUCUGUUUGUAAGAUAUGAUGUUUUAAAAGGGGUCGUGUAAGUUUUUAUUGUAAGCCUUUUUUCUAUUAGGAGAACAUGGGUGCAUAUUAAUGAUGACAGUCCACUGCAUAGUCAAAUGAAAUGGAAUUAAUCCAGGACUUUAAGUUUAGUUUUUUUCUAACAAAUAGAGGUUUAAAUCAACGUGUUGGCUUCACUGUGGACACAACAUGGCUCCUUAAUUAAAUGUUAGGAUUAAGAAUCUCCUUACCUGUAAAUCUGACACAUUGUAAAGGUUUGAGGGCAUUCAUUUUCAAAGUGAUACGUGUUAACCUUUCUUUAAUUAUAGUAUUUGAUUUGUCAUUUGUCUAUAAUCAGUAUUGUCUUUACUCCUAAUCAAGUAUUCUGGCUAAAGUUUCUUUUAGUUGCAAUGUGUAAUUUGAUGGCUAUAUCAGUAGCAUUAUGACUAAUGUAGCACAUCUCUGCCAGUGUGUCAUGAUGUCUACCCAUGGUAGAAAUCCAUGGCCAGACCCUGUACCAGCCAAAUCUGGCACCAGCAACAUACUGUUUUAACAGUUCAACGCUCCUCGACCUGUUUCAUACUUUUCCGCUUUUGUUAAGUGCAGUUUAAAGCGUCGUGUUUCAGAAUGGUAACUAUAUGAAUGUGUUUCUGCCCGACAUCAGCCUGGACACUCAAGCCAAACUGACAUUUUGUUAUUUAUUUAAUAGUGAGACAAACAGUAGGUCGACAGGUAGAUGUUUUCGUUGGCAUCCCUACAAACCUGGGAGGUAAAGACAAAAAGCUCAAACGCUCGUCUGCCAUCGCCCCAAAACCCUCAAAGACUUGAAUCUCUGUGACAAUUUGGCAUGAGUUGAAGUUUGAAUCAAAGUGCAUUUUAUGUUAAAGCUAAUGUUUGGAUUUGUCUAGAUUGCCUGUACAGUGCCAUACAAUUCCUCUCCUUACAAAUCCCCCUCCUGCGGCGUCUCCUGCACUCUCGCCCCCCCAAAACGCUAAGAUGGAAAGAGACAAUCAGACCUCAAAGCUCUGCAGAUAGUGAACUGAAGACACCCAGCCUUCCCCUAGUUUUUUUUUCUUUUUUUCAGUGUGCUGUAUGUGUUGUGUACUGUGAUUCCAUUGAGUUGUACUACCCCCUCCUCCCCUCUCACGUGAGUACAUUUGCCAGGUGAAUCCUGCUGUGCCCUGCCCAAACGAUCCCUGCUGCCCACUUAACGCAGGUUCUGCUCAGUGAUGAUUUUCAUCCGUUCAGCGCCCGCCCGUCUUUGCCUUUAUUUUGUUCACCAGAAGUUAGUAGCUCUCCAGAAAUUAGAAUUAGUUUGUAUUAAAGUAAAAUUGUUACAGGGCACAAUGGUGUUUACUCAGACGUGAUGUUAUGAGUACACAUGUCCAGACUAUGAAUGUAAAUUGAACAUGGGGUGAAGUCUCAGGUGUGUUUCCAAACCCUCGUGAUCCCUCCUCGUCAGCUAGAACAAA